GAGACAAACUGUUCUCGAUAUAACUUAAAUCCAGUCUGGUAUUAAACCUGUUACCAGAACAUUCUGUUAGGGUCCACGAGGGGUAAAUAGCUGAAACUGGAAACAGAGUCCUUGAUGACACUAGACUGAGAUGACCUGCGACCUUCUCUCUCUUGCCCCUCCCUCACCCUCCCUUGGUCCGUUGCUGAUGGUGACAGGUACAGCGACAGACCGCUGGGGUCCAGCACCACCAGCUGAUUGGUCAACCCCGCCGGCGAGCGGUUCCCAAGGAGCCGCAGUGAGACACACGGAGUCCAAACCCGCGGCCACUGCGAUGCUGAGGGUUGCUGCCACUCAGACCCAGCAUCUCACGGCGGGCAGCAGCAGCAGCAACACAACAUCGGCGGCCACACAGACGUGAAUACUUCACUGUGGUAGUGGUGGUGGUGGUGGUGGCAGUGAAUGUGAUUGUGGUUCACCUCCAGUGUAGAGAAAGCGACUUCACAAGUGUCCUCAUUGGUUGCCAGGCCUCAGCGGCGCUGACAUGUGUUCGUCUUAAGCCUUUCACUUCAGUUGAAAAACUUUUCCGCUGCUUUUUUUUCUUUUACUUUACCUUCUUUCCAUCUUCUACUCGAAGCGACUCUUCAUCGAUUUUCUCUUCCGUUCUUCGCAACUACCACGUGCGAGAAACCAUCGACAAAAGAUGUGAUCGUAAACAAUCCUUUUUCUUCACAUGCCUUUCCUUCCAUGUCGAUAAAGAUCGAUGCAUCUAUCGGAAACUGCUCUCUGCACACCACGUGACUCGUUCACUGCCUAAUAUUCAGAUAUCGGAGAUCACGUGCGUGCACCGAAGAGUUCGCAGUGGAAGGUGGGAGGCUGAGGGUGACCUGCUCCCAGGCCCCAGGCCCUCGACGAAACAUUGCGAGUGACGGACUAUAUCUUGUGUUGAUGCUCGACUGUUCUGCGCCGCUUAUUCCGCACAUUCUAGCGCGUGGGCCAUAAAGAAGGAGGCAGUGACAAGCAAUGGCACGCUCCCUUCCUGCGCGCACGUCCAUGCCCACCGUCAGCAGCGCCAGCCACCACACAGUCGCCUCCCUGGACUUUUAAAGCCGCGACGAUCCUGAAGUCAACAAGAAUGGCGCUGCCUCUCUUAUCGACAGACCUGCUGGACGGCGCUGUGGAUAAUAUAAGAGAACAAUAAGUACCAGCGGUGCUGUCUUCAUUUAUUUGUGUUGCUAUUUUUAGCUCUCCUUGUCCUCGCCGACGACCGAGACGGUUGUUAUUUUUGUGGGACGUCUUCCAGUCAAAGUCUCUGCCAAGCACUGGCUGACAGGAUAGUAGAAUGUUUAUUUUUUACCUCAUUAUCUGGAGUAAAUAAAAAACGGUAUACAAACCUGGUAUUAGUGGCAAUGACAUCGACAAGGCCAAUGUUUGGAGACUGAGAACCUUCGUCCUCGCCAUCGAGCAUUGAAGACCUGAGCUGCUGAGUCUGUGUCUUCAAAAUGAGACAAACCUGGACAUACGCUUUCAUCAUCUGCUGCCUUGUAGUGCAUGCCGAGAGGACUUUCCCUGUUUCGCCGGCUGUCUAUGGGGACGGCGACAAGGCUUCUGAUCGGGACGAAGGCGCAAGUAUUGACCUGGAGGACGUGACCCCCAGCUUUGACUCUCCCAUGGCCAACGUGACGGUGAAGGAAGGGGCGACAGCAGUCCUGCCAUGCUCAGUCAAAUUUCUUGGAAGACGACAGGUGGUGUGGACUGACCAGUGGUCAACGCUUCUGACUUUUGAAGACCGACGCAUCAUCGACGAUGAGCGGCUGUCGGUGGAAAGGCCUUUCAGCAAGGACUGGAACCUGCACAUCAGGAACGUACAGCACAAGGACCAGGGACUUUACAACUGCCAGAUCAACACCAGCCCCGUCAAAAUUAAAACAGUUCACCUCAAAGUACAAGUUCCGGCCAAAAUCAUCGAGAAUCUGUCGAGCAGUGACACAACAGUGCGUGAGGGCGAGACUGUGACGCUGGUCUGUAACGUCACGGGAAUUCCUCUGCCAAGAGUCACGUGGUACCGACACGUGUCGGACAAGAAAGGGCAGGAGAGAGAGAGUGAGUUCUGCCCGGGCUCCAAUUGGAUUGGGGUGAGCGGAGAGGUGCUCAUUAUCCACAACAUCAGCCGUUACUGCGGCGACGUCUACGAGUGUGUUGCCUUCAAUGACGUUCCACCCGCCAUUAACCGCAUGAUCAAGGUGGACGUGCAGUUUUCACCAGAGAUCGAGCUACCUAACAAGCGCAUCGGCCAGAUGCUGGGAAAGGAGACGAUCCUAGAGUGCAUUGUGACGGCCAACCCGCAGUCAGUCAGCCGCUGGCUCAAGGAUGGCGAGGAGGUUAAGACCGACGGCUCUAACUACCACGUGGAAGUGUACAAUGAACACCAGGAGGCAUACACCAUCGUGCUCAGCUUCCGCAUCAUGGCCAUCAGCGAGCAGGACUUCGGCCAGUACACGUGCGAGGCGUCCAGUCCAAUGGGCAAGGACGCGGAGACUAUGGUCUUGUUCGAAUACAAAAAGCCACAAACGACGACUACGUCCACGACCACGACAACUGCAGCCCCGAUUCUGUCGACGAUAGACGUUCCCAGAAGAGGGUUUCCGUCUCAGGGUCAGCAGGAUCCUUCGCAGGCCCAGAUCCGCAUCUUCACCCAGGGACCCCCGCGCCACACUCUGGCGCCCCCUCCAGGGGCUCAGCAAGGUUCUCCGGAUGAUGACGUCAUUGACGGUGGCGUCAGGGGCAGGAGCAGAGGAACAGCGGCUGGGCCUGUUGUAGAAACGAUCGUGAUGUCCUUGCUGCUGGUCUUUGGCAGAUGUCUUGUCGGCGGCUCCUGACCCACCACGGCUGUAACCCAAGUGAACUGACGUCAUCCACCGCGUUCUUGCUGGCUUGCUUUCCAUUUCUUCCUCCUUCCCCCACCCCGAGAUGAGGGGCACCGUGAUUUUCUUUCGGUUAAUCCAAACUUCACAAUCUUUGUUUAUCAUUAACUGACACAGUUAUGACAUUUCAAUGCGGUGCCAGUAAAAUCCAGUGCAAGCCAGUUCAAUCCAGUACAAUUCAGUUCAAACCAGUGUGCAAAUGGAAUGGAAAACAGCCGUCGUUCGAGUGGCCAUAACUGGCUACAAACUUUUGUCUAUAUUUUCAUAUUUGUGCGUGGAUACC